AUGUCUGACGACGAGCGUGUUACCAAGCCCUUUAAGUUCGUCACUGGUGUCGAUGCGCGGUUCCCCAACACGAACCAAACCAAGCACUGCUGGCAGAACUACGUCGAUUACCAUAAGUGCAUCCUGGCCAAGGGCGAGGAGUUCGCCCCCUGCCGUCAGUUCUGGCUUGCAUACCGGUCGCUGUGCCCCAGUGGUUGGUACAAGCGCUGGGAUGACCAGAGAGAAGCCGGAACGUUCCCGGUCCGCCUUGAGUAG